GACAAACAUUGCAGCGCCAGUGUGUGAAAGUAUACGAUACGUAUACCUGCAUCGCAAGUGCGGCCGAUCCUUCGGGUUCGCGAGUGUGCUCCGUUUCACAGUGUCACGGCAAUACCGAUCUGAAGUCACAACACAAGUGUGCCUUUAUAUAUAUAUAUAUAUAUACAUCACCCACCAAGCUACCAUAGCAGUCGCAGCGCAGGUAAGGGAGCCGCAUACCCUUGUAUACCGUCCAAGAGAGCGGCUGGUAAUACGCGUGGGAGGACGAUAUAAUACAUACAUCGUAUGUAUAAGUUGCGUGUGCCUUUUGUGACCACGAUAUCGGUAGCUACAACGUUAUACGCAAACAGGAUAGUGGCGCUGCACCAGAAAGAGCAACAAGGAUUGUUAUAAUACACCCACGCAGCUGGAAAUCCUCGCGGAUUUAUGGAGUCGGAGCUUACGGAGCCGAGACGGAAGUGACUCGCAGCUCGGCCCGAGACUCUUGGCGCUAUAUACAUAUAUAUAUAUACGCGCUGCGGUGAAAGGUAAACAAAAGAGCGCGUAUAGGUAUACGUAUCGACGGAGCAGCUCUUUAUUUUUUACCUGCCUCCUGUUCUUUCUGUCUCCCGGCGAGGAGAGAAUAAUAUAAUCUGUGCUGCAACAGUUGCCAGCGAAACAGGUGCUAUAAAUAUAUAUACACCUGUGCGUAGAGACGAACAAAAACGGAUCGGCCAAGGAUCGUUACAUAGAUCGGUGCUCAUGUACAGAUUGCUGCACCAACGGCGUUGCACGUGCCAGCUUAGGUGUACGUUGUGUGCUCCAAAGUGAUGCAAACGCGAGAGUGAAAAAGAUCGAGUGGCUCGAUCGAACAGGUGCACUUUUUCAAGUAUAAAAGUACAGUUUACUCGGUAAAUCAGUGUCCGCGAGUGUGUGCCUUCAAGUAGUAAUAAUAAUAAUAUCGUCAUUGCGUAAAAAAAAGGGAAAAAAACCAGUGUGCCUGUAUAAUAUAUAUAUAUAUAUAUUUAUAUCUGUGUGUCCGAUCAGUCGUCGCGAUAUGUGCUGCCGGCAGGUAGAUCGUUACGCCAGGCUCGUCUCCGAGGCGCCGAGAUCGUGAGGCCCUUGCUUGCCGCGUGCUCUACCUAUACGUCGCGUAGCAGCUGACACAUCCUCGUAGUUGGUUGAAAUCUCCAAGAGCUCGACGAUGCCGCCGGCCAUGGGGACGCGCCACUACCUGUUGCUCGCAGUGCUGGCCAUGGCUUCCCUCGCCCUAGCCGUCUACGAAGAAAGAGUUUGUAUCGGAACGAAUGGCCGGUUGUCGGUGCCGUCCAACAAGGACCACCACUACCGUAACCUCCGGGACCGAUACACCAACUGCACGUACGUCGACGGCAACCUCGAGAUCACCUGGCUCCAGGGCAAGGAUUUCGACCUCAGCUUCCUCCACCACAUCCGCGAGGUCACCGGCUACGUCCUCAUCAGUCACGUCGACGUGCCCAAGGUCGUGCUACCCCGGCUGCAGAUCAUCCGCGGCCGAACCCUCUUCAAGCUCAACAUACAGGAGGACGAGUACGCGCUCUUCGUCACCCUCUGUCAGAUGUUCAACCUCGAGAUGCCGGCGCUCAGAGACAUUCUUAACGGGAGCGUGGGCAUGUUCGACAACUACAACCUGUGCCACAUAAAGACCAUCAACUGGGACGAGAUAAUAACGGGGCCGGGGCGCAACUACACGUACAUCUACAACUUCACGUCCCCGGAGCGGGUGUGCGGUUGCGACAACAGCUGCGAGCAGGGCUGCUGGGGCGAUGGGCCCGAGAACUGCCAGCGCUUCUCCAAGACGAAUUGCUCGCCCCAGUGCUGGCAGGGCCGGUGCUUUGGACCCAAUCCACGCGAGUGCUGCCACUUGUUCUGCGCGGGGGGCUGCACCGGCCCGAAGCAGAGCGACUGCCUCGCUUGUAAGAACUUUUACGACGACGGGGUCUGCACCCAGGAGUGCCCGCCCAUGCAAAAGUACAACCCGACCACGUACUCUUGGGAGACGAAUCCGGACGGGAAGUACGCGUACGGGGCGACUUGCGUGCGCAAGUGUCCGGAGCACCUGCUCAAGGACAACGGGGCGUGCGUUAGGUCGUGCCCACCGAAGAAGAAGGCGGUGAACAGCGAGUGCGUGCCGUGCGAGGGUCCGUGUCCAAAGACGUGCCAGGGUGUAAGCGACAGCUCCAACGAGGGUUGGGUCCACUCGGGCAACAUCGACAGCUUCAAGGACUGCACGAUCAUCGAGGGCUCGAUCAGCAUCCUCGACCAGAGCUUCAAGGGCUACCAGCACAUAUUCAGCAAUUUUUCGUUUGGCUCGCGCUACGAGCCCAUGCACCCGGACAGGCUCGAGAUCUUCAGCACCCUCAAAGAGAUCACCGGCUACCUGAACGUACAGGCCGAUCACCGGGAGUUCAAGAACCUCUCGUACUUCCGGAACCUCGAGGUCAUUGGCGGCCGGACCCUCACCGAGCUCUUCUCGAGUCUCUACAUCGUCAAGUCGUCCCUCGAGUCGCUGGGGCUCAGCUCCCUACGGAAGAUCAACUCGGGCGGCGUCGCGAUACUCGAGAACAGGCAGCUCUGCUACGCCGAGACCAUCAACUGGAACAAAAUUCGAAAGUCCUCGGACCACGGGAACCUCAUACAGAAGAACAAGAACGAGACCGAUUGCAUCAACGAUAGCUUGGUUUGCGACGAGCAGUGCUCGCGCGAGGGCUGCUGGGCCCCGGGGGCCGAACAAUGCCUGUCCUGCAAGAACUUUAUGCUGGGAAACGUCUGCGUCAGGGACUGCAAUGCACCUGGUAUCUACCGAGCUGACGACAAGAGCUGCAAGCCGUGCCACGAGGAGUGCAACGGCACCUGCACGGGCCCCACGGCCGAGGACUGCGAGUCGUGCAAGCACGUGCGCGACGGGCCCUACUGCGUUGCCUACUGUCCAGUCUCAAAGUACAGGGAGAACGGCCAGUGCUACGAGUGCCACAAGAACUGCGUCGGCGGCUGCGACGGCCCGGAGAACAACAUCGGGCCCAACGGCUGCCACAGCUGCGAGAAGGCCAUCGUCAACAGCGACUUUGAGCCCGAGGUCUGUCUGCAGAAGAAGGAGUCCUGUCCCGACGGCUACUACUACGAGUGGGUGAGCCCCCAGGAGCAGGGUAACCUACAGCAGUUGGCAGGGAAGGCGGUCUGCCGCAAGUGCCACCACCACUGCAACAAGUGCACGGGUUUCGGGACCCACGAGCAGGUCUGCCAGGAGUGCGCCAAGUUCAAACGGGGCGAGCACUGCGAGGAGGAGUGCCCGGCCGACCACUACGUCGAGCCGUACAGCCAGCUCUGCCAGCCUUGUUACCCGGAGUGCCGGGGCUGUUACGGCCCGGCGCCCCACCAGUGCCAAAAGUGCCGCAACCUCAAGAUGUACGUCGAGGGUGGCGAUCCGAGCGACAACACCACGGCCUUCAAUUGCACGGACCUCUGUCCCCCCGGCUACCCGUACAAGCUCUUCUCGGCCGACAACGACCUCUACUGCUCCCAGGAGCCGGACGAGCAGCAGCGCCACCAGGAGUUGAGGCCCGCCAUACUCGGGGGCCUGGCCCUCUUCGUCGUAAUGUUGCUCGUGGGCGUGGCCUUUUGCGUCUGCCAGUACCACAGUUUCAAGGCCAAGGAGAAAACGGUCAAGAUGACGAUGGCCCUGACGGGGCUCGACGAUAACGAGCCGCUGAGGCCAACGGGCGUCAAGCCGAAUCUCGCCAAGCUGCGCAUCAUCAAGGAGGAGGAGAUGCGCCGGGGUGGUAUCCUGGGCACCGGUGCUUUUGGCCACGUGUACAAGGGCGUGUGGGUGCCCGAGGGCGAGACAGCCAAGAUACCCGUGGCCAUCAAAGUCCUGCACGAGGGCACCACCAACGCCUCCAAGGAGUUCCUCGACGAGGCGUACAUCAUGGCCUCGGUCGACCACCCGAAUCUCGUUCAACUGCUGGCCGUGUGCAUGACCUCGCAGAUGAUGCUCGUGACGCAGUUGAUGCCCCUAGGCUGUCUCCUCGACUUUGUCAAGCAGAACCGGGACAAGAUCGGCUCGAAGCACAUGCUCAAGUGGUGCACCCAGAUUGCUCGGGGCAUGGCCUACCUCGAGGAGCACAGGCUCGUGCAUCGGGAUCUCGCGGCACGCAACGUCCUCGUCAAGAACGGCAACACGGUCAAGAUCACGGAUUUCGGGCUGGCCAAGCUCCUCGACAUCGACGAGGAGCAGUACAAGGCCGCGGGCGGCAAGAUGCCGAUCAAGUGGUUGGCCCUCGAGUGCAUCCAGCACCGGAUCUUCACCCACAAGUCCGACGUUUGGGCUUUCGGGGUCACGAUCUGGGAGGUCCUCACCUACGGCGGCAAGCCGUACGAGAACGUCUCGGCCCGCAACGUGCCCGAGCUACUCGAGAAGGGCGAGCGACUGCCCCAGCCGGUUAUAUGCACCAUCGACGUCUACAUGAUAAUGAUCAAGUGUUGGAUGCUGGACGCGGAGUCGCGGCCGAGCUUCAAGGAGUUGGCCGAGGAGUUCGACAAGAUGUCCAAGGACCCGGGCAGGUACCUGGCCAUCGAGGGCGACAAGUACAUGAGGCUGCCGACAUACGUGCUCCAGGACGAGAAGGAGAUGAUCCGUAGUUUGGCCUCGUCGAUGGCCGGGGACCACGAGUCGGCCCUGGUCGAGGCCGAGGAGUACCUGCAGCCAAAGUGCCGGGCCCCCCUGCCCCCGAACUUCCUCUCGAGCAACACUUCGGGCCCGACGCCACCCGGCACGCCCGUCAAAACGUGCUGGUCCAACGGGACCUCCCUCAGCACCGACUCGCCCACGCCCCAGAACCAGCAGAACUGGAACCGCGAGCUGCUGAGGUACGGGGCUGCCGCGGCGGCUGCGGCGGCCGCCAUGGCGCGCGCCAAUCACGGCGCCGGGGGUAGCUCCACCGGGGGCAACUCUGGCCCGAGCACCAGUACCCACGAGGGUGGACAAUCCGGUAGCCUCCAACGCUCGCGCCACUACGGCUACAUGAACGGACACUGCGGCCAGCAGCAGAUGAUGGCCGGAGGGACCGUCGGAUCCGAGUCGGGAGGCUCGAGGUACUGCUCGGACCCCCUCAAGAUGGUUGGCGUCAGAGAUUGCGACGUGACGGAUGACGGCUUUGCGUCCGAGGGUGCGACGCACCAGCAGGCCCAGGUCGGCGGGGUGAAGCUCGAUCUGCCGGUCGACGAGGACGACUACCUGAUGCCGUCGCCCCAGCUGCCGGCCACCAAGACCCAGUACAUGGAUCUGAUAGCCGAAGCCAACUCUGCGGAAUCGUUGCAGAAGCGCUUCAACAACGGGUACCGCAAGUACCCGGAUUUCUUGACGAUCGUCGGCAAGACGUCCUUGGACAAUCCGGAGUACAUAAUGUCGCAGGACGACGGGCCCCUGACGCCCCAGCCGCUCGGCAUCCCGACGACGCCGACGCAGUUGGAAAAGGCCUUGGCGAACGGUGCAUUCGGCGUGGCUGGGCUACGGCCUAGGAGCUCCGAGGAGGAGUCGGAUCACGAGUACUACAACGACUUUGACCGGCUCGAGCGAGAGCUGCAGCCUCUCAAGCCUCUCAGAAAGAACGAAACGACCGUCUGA